CCGGCCCCCUUUCCUGCUGCCCUCCCCCAGGAAAAUGCUUUCACAGCAGCAACCCCGGCGCGGCAUGGUCUCCAGCCUCCUGGCGGUAGUUCUCCUGGUCGCCAGUUGCCUGGCGGCCGUGGCUCGCGCCCAUGCGGGCCCGCACGCCCUCACCAAUGACUCGGUUUCCCUGCUCUCGAAGGGCAACUGGUUUGUCAAGUUCCACUCUCCGUCUUGCGGCCACUGCAAGCGCCUGGAGCCAAUCUGGCCGCAGCUGGUUGCCCCGGCCGCCGCUCACAGUGUCAACAUCGCCUCGAUUGACUGCUCCGCCCACUCGCUCGCCUGCGAGAAGUAUGGCAUCCGCGGCUAUCCCACCAUGAAGUUCUUCAUGAACGGCGAGGAGGUGGACACCUACCAGGGCCAGCGCACUGUGGAGGCCUUCAGCGAGUAUGUUGCAUCGCUGUCCGCGCCCCUGAUCUCCAUGCUCCCGACGACCGGCGACGAGAUCAAGAAGACCCUGCAGUCGGACACCAGCAAGCCGGUGUCCUUCAUUCGCUGGGUGCCGGAUGAGUCGGUCCCCUUCGGCGCGGUCCCCUUUGUGGCGGCCUCCAAGAAGCUGGUCUUCCGCUCGCGGUUCUUCGAUGCCACCGGCCCGGAGUCGCUCGCGCACCUGCUGGACCUGGCCAAGGUUUCCGGUCAGCGGCCCCCCCCGGCCGACGGUGCUGCCCUACUCUUUAUGUGGCGCGACGGCAAGCUGUCUCUCUUCCCCCAGGACUUGACCUCUCUGGAGCAGGAUUCCGCCGUGCUGGACUUCAUCAUUCGCCACCGCUACCCGCCGCUGAUCAACCUCGACGCCCGCAGCGGUGCCGACCUGGUCGGCGACUCGGAUGUCCCCCUGCUGAUUGCCUUCACCAGCCCCACCUAUCCCUUCCACUAUUCGCUGCUCGAUGGUCUGCGCCAGGUUGCCCGCGCGUCUGAGGCCGCCGGCGUGCCGCUCCACUUCACCUGGAUGUCCUCGGACACCUGGUCGCCGUAUGCCUCUCGCAACUUCAAGCUCCCCAUCCGCCCGGUCCCGGCCGAGGAGCUCCGUCCGGGCAGCGGCUCCUCCCCCACAUACCCCUCCGUGGUGUUCAUCAACCCGCCGGAGCAGACUUUCACCGCGCUUCCGCUGCUGGACCUCCUCGCCGAGCAGGGCCCGCUCAACCAGGUGGUUGACCCGGAGCAUGCGGCUCGCAUCGUUGCCGCGGUAUCCGCCAGUCUUACGCAGUUCGUCGCCGACACCCAGGCCGAGAAGCUCCCGGCCGCUUGGAUCGGCGGUUGGGUCGUGGCCAUUCCCCGGCUCAUCGCCAAGCGCUUCGAGUUUGCCUUCAACUGGGCUGUCGCUCACCCGAUCCUCGUGGCCAGCAUGUUCAUUGGCGUCAUCAUGUCCUUCGUGUACUGCAUCAUCAAGAUCGCCCCGAGCGACGAUUAUGACUCGUACAAUGAGGCCCCGCGCGUGCUGCAGCCCGGUGGCCGGCCGACCGGCCGCGUGGCCGCUGCCCCCGCCGCCCCUGCCGCCUCGGCCUCGAGCAAGAAGAGCGCCAAGCAGGAUUGACGCCGCAGGUCGCGCCUCGAGACCUGCCUUUUGUUCACAAGGGUCGGUCUUUCGCCACGGUCGACAAUAGACACUCCCAAUCAUGUCGAGAGAACCAGACGGCGUCCCCGGGGCAAUUGCGGGGGUUGCAUGACCCGAGGUCAGGCACCCUGGGCCGCCGCGUCACGGUGCAGAGGGUGUCGGCCACAUCACCCGCGAGGCGGCCGCUGGGAUGGCGCCCUUUGCCCUGGCGCUGGCCAGAUCGGUGGGACAUUCGUG